CACGUCUCCUUCUUCUUCUUCAUUAACCCAUCAAGCGGUGCGUCUCGACUCGCUCCUUCUGGACGGAUAAGGUCGUCGUGGUCGCCCGUGGUUCGGCGUCGUCGUCGGCAAUUUAACCUUGUCAAGGCAAACCUCGACCUGUACCUUGCUCGAGUGUCGUCUGUCCCCGCCAAAUAUCCGCGCAUCGAGCAACCAGCCAACCAACCAACCAACCAACCCCACACUGGCGCAUCGCCCAGACCAGAGAGCAUCAUUCCGCCGGGUCGCCUUAGUGUGCAGUAGGCAUAUUUCCUCGUCGGGUCUAUCCUCGGAGCGAUCACGCACACAGGAGGAACAGCAGCGAGAGCUCAGCCAGACGUAUCACCCGCCAUCGCGCCCUUGCUGUACCCGAGCUAUCGGCACUACGAAGCAACUGCUGCAAGGAUUAGGCGCCUGAACACCCACCGAUAACCUGAUCUGAUCUCAGCGCCCGCGAUCGCCCUCUGCCACCUCGCUAUUGAAUAACCGGCGCCUUUGCCAGCCCCUUGGUGGACUGCCGGCGUGCCUUUGGAGCACACUGGCCAGCAGCUGCCAUUCCCAACCGCGACCACCACAUUGUUCUUCUUGAUUUCUUCCUCUGGCCCUCUAUAAACGUCAUGGGCGCAGCUUGCUGCAAGCCCGAGGCUAUCGACUUCGAUGCCGAGGUCAAUCUCUUCCACUUCUAUCUCCUUCGCAGCGUGGGCAAGGGUGCUUUCGGAAAGGUCCGAGUAGUCCAGCAUAAACAGUCCAAGACGCUGUACGCACUAAAGUACAUCAACAAAGCAAAAUGCGUCAAAAUGAAAGCUGUAGCAAAUAUCGUCCAGGAGCGACGGCUGCUGGAGGAGAUUGACCACCCGUUCGUCGUCAACAUGCGGUACGCGUUUCAAGACGACGAGAAUUGUUUCUUUGUUCUCGAUUUGAUGCUCGGAGGAGAUUUGAGAUUCCACCUCGACAGGGCUGGCGCAAUGGCAGAAGAAGUCGUUCGUUUCUACGUCGCGGAGAUUGCAAUGGCCAUCGACUACCUGCACUCGAAACGAAUCGUUCACCGUGACUUGAAGCCCGACAACAUCCUCCUCGACGAGCGUGGACACGCGCACAUUACAGACUUUAACAUUGCCGUUCACUUUUCCGAGCGGCGGUUAUUGACAGGCGUUGCGGGCAGUAUGGCCUACAUGGCACCAGAGGUACUCACAAAACGUGGAUACUCGGCUCCUGUCGACUUUUGGUCCUUGGGGAUCAUGGCGUAUGAGUUGAUGUUCUCCAAGCGCCCUUUCCGCGGACGGACCAACUCUGCCCUGACAAACUCCAUCUUGAAUGAGCCUUUGACAUGGCCAGAGGACGCUCCAGGGCGGUGCUCGACAGAAGGGAUGCAAGCCAUCCGUGCGUCCAAGCGUGCCAACUUUGACGCAACGCACGAGCUGGAAGAGCUGCUGCUGGAAGAAAACCCAUUGAAGGCGCGCAAGCGCAAGACGGACACGGAUACCCAGACUCUCACCCCAGAAAUGCGAAUGAUGGAGGAGCACUUUACAGUGUUCGACUAUGCUCGCACCCAGAGGCGCACCUACUACCACCCACCAGGGUCGAGCAAAGCUGCCAACUCGUCGACAUCGCCAGCCACCAGGCUAGCUGCCAACAACCAUGUUACGCCCCCGACUCAGCUGGACCGGAUGCCAAGCCGCCCAAGAACACCUGGGGACGGUACCGGUGUGGCCUCGCACACGGGCAACGAAAUCGAGGCCCAGAUUAUGGAGGGUGGUGGCCUCGCCAACGUCGGAAAGCGUGCUUGGUCAUCACAGCUCGACCACGGUGAGGAUCUCGACGCCGUGCACCCAGAUAAUACGGCACGGUCCACCGUCGUCGCGCCAUGAGCGAACCAUGGCGUGUAGCAAGUCUAGUCUUAUAUUACCUCUCACGUAUCACUCUGUAGUAGUCUUCUCACACCACAUCCAUUUACACUUCUCUGUCCUCGUCGGAUAGAGCUGCUUAAUCUGUAGAGCUCUAAUGCAAUACGCCCGAGCAUGCGUCUGUAGCACCUACAUGCAUGUCCUUGCGCGGUCGA